CUUUUCCAUAACUUAUCUAAAAAUUAAACAAUAUUUUAAAAUUUAAAAAGUUUUUCGGAUUUUUUACGUUGACAUAUGUCAAUAAUUCACUUAUUUAUCGACAUAAAAACAAUCAUAAACAUGCCGCCAUUUACAGUUAGUUUUUGUUUUUAGCCAAGUUCGGGUGCAUUUCUUUUAGCUUCGUCAAAAAAAGUUUUUAAUGUAUUCAUUAAAUGAUAGUGAUUCUACCUAUUGUUCAGAAGUGGAAGAAUUACUAAAAGCCACUAGCGUCCUAGAAAAGCCUUACCAAAAUGUUGUAUUACGAAGAUCACAACGUCUGUCGCAGAAACCUAAGGUGAAGGAAGGAUUUUCUUGGAAGAAUGUUCACAUACUGAAAAAUGGUUUAUUUUUUAAAGCAAAAAAACGUUCAGAGAAUUUUGCAAAAAACCCUCCCAGCAGUAGUAAAAAAUGUACACAAGAUAUUUUUAAUUCCCAAGUGCUGGGAGAAGAAGAGGUGGCCAAAAAUUACAUACCGUUAGAUUUAUCAAAUAAAUCCAAAUUGGUAACUAAACAAACGUCUACUGGGGAACUUGAUGAUUUUAAUGCGCAGCAUUACUUGAAGAGGGGUAAAACCAGAAAUGUUGCUGAAAAGGCUGAAGAAACUACUGAAGACAACAACAUUAAGCAAAAUAGAAAACGGGAAAGACCUAAAAAGGUACACAGUGAGAAAAUAUGGCCAUUAGAUACAACAAAAUGUAUAAAGUUAAACUCAGCAGUAGUAAAACCUUACAAAUCUAAAACAAUUUCGUUCGACCAUUUGUCCCAAAAGGAAAACUUUAACGUUGAUUUGUUGAACAACAGAAAUUUUCAAAUCGAACCAAAUAAAACAAUAAUUUUAGAUGAAAGUAAGGGAAAUAUAAACUCGUUGUUGGAAAAAACCAAUGAAUUGAAAUCAAAAAUCGAUGUUGUCACCGCUUGUUUUUCCAAGAAAAGACCUAAAAAAGAACUCAGCAAAAUUUUAAAUUGUUCAGAUACAAUUAAAGGGAAUCUAACUUCAAUUGAAUCACUAAACAAUGAAUUCGGUUUGAAAACAAAACUUCAAACUUCCUGUACUUCUAAUACUAAAACUAAACCCAGAAAAACUUCCAGCGGAUCGUGUAACUGUUCAUCUGAUAAACCUAAUAUGUUGCUGGGAACAAAUAAGAAAUUGUGCAAUAAAUGUAGUUAUGCUAAAAUGGAAUUAAGUAAAACAUCCACAUCAGACAAAAGUGUUGAAAACCUAAAACCAACAAAAAAGUCGGAUAUGAUUGAGGCUAUCACCAAAGAUUUGCCUUCAAAAUCUCUUAAGCGAAGUUGUGGAACUUUAAUUUCAAACAAAAAUAUACAAAUAGAGCAUAAAAACAUCAGAAGUGUUCAGCCGCAUCAGAAGUCAUUGCCAUUAAAAUCCUUUAAAAGAAGUGGUACGUUAGUUUCUAACAAAAGUAUUCAAUUACAAAAUGAAAAUUCGAACUUAGUAAGUAAACAAAAAGUUAAACUAUUAAAUGAAAAUAAUGCUACAAAAAAUAUUUCAAAAGAUUUGCAAAGUAAAGCCAAAACUACAAAAUGUAAAUUGAACAAUUCUCCAGAUAUCUUUAAGAAAUUAUCUAAUGAAUUUUCCAAGGAUUUUCCGAAACAAACGGAUUUAAAAAAUCAAAAUCUAAAUACGACAAGUGAAACCAAAUGUAACAAAAGUUCCAAAAGAACAUCAAAUGUCUUUGGCAAUAAAAGUUCAGAAGAUUCACGAAAUAAAAAAGAAACUGCUAAAACAAAAUUGGAUGCCUCACAAGAUAUCUUUGAGAAAUUUUCUAAUGACACUCAAACGCUUAAAAGAUCACAAAAACCAUUGCUAUCCGACAAAAGGAGGACAAACUUAAUUGAAAAUGCCUCUAAUAUAGAGACUCAAACAAAUGUAUUGCAAAAUUUGAAUCUGCAUAUAAAAUCUGAACAGUUAACACUUUUAGAAACCUUCUCGAAAACAUUUGAAGAAAUCAAUCCCUUGGAAGCUAUACAAAAAUCUCUAACUAAAAGCAAUAAACAAACUGAUUGCACUAAAAAUCUUGUUACAAUGGAAACCGCAAUAUGUAAUCAACAAAAUAAUUCUUCACAAAUUCAAUCUGAAAAAUGCAGCUCAUGCUCCCUUAAAUCGGACGAAAAGAAUUCUAGCAAAAAAACACAAAUUACCAACAAAAAUAAUAAAAUUUUAGAGAAAAAUUUUGAAAAAACACAUAAUGUAACGAACAAUUUCAAAUCAAAAGUAAGCGCUCAAAAAUCAUUUGAUAAGAGAAUCUCACAGUACACAUACUUUACCAGAAGCAGCAACACCUUACUAAAUGAAAACACUCAAAAACUUGAAACUAAUGAAUUGAAAAUUCAAACACAAAGUAUUAAUUCCAAUACACAAUCAGUAACCGAAAAUUCUACUUUAAACAAAAAUUAUUUAAAAUCCUUUGAUAAAACCCUCUUUGUGGAUAAAAUAAAUACAACAACAAAUCACAAUGCUUACGAAAAACCAUUACCUGCAAACAUACCUCCCACACCAGCCGAUUCAACACAAGAAUUAUGCAAAAAAUCUCUUUUACCCCUCAGCUAUCCAUCACAUUUUAAAUAUCAACUACCACCAGAAGCUGUUCUAACACGUUCUUCAAAUGAACAAUUUCAUCCUCUAAAUGUUAUAACACCUGAUGAUACCCCAGCUUACGAAUUACUAGAAUCAUCCUCAAGUUCUCCCUCUUUACCGGAAUCACUUUGUAAACUAUUUGAAAACAAAAACAUAAAAGAUAUUUUAAAUGUUGAUAGAGUUUCGUAUCGCCUCUAUGACUAUCAUGUGCAGGCCUUAGCUUUGAUGUUAAAUCUGAAUUUGGAAUAUUUACACAAGAUUUUGGAUAAAAUAAUGAACUUUAAACCCAAUGUGUUGAAAAAUAUUGAUAAAGCGGUAAAAAUGCCUUUUGUACCCGAUCACGAUUUAUUUACCGCCACACCAGAGGAAUCGUGGGCCAGCGGUGAGGUAGUGUUUAACAGUCAAAACUCUAAGAAACGUAGAAUUUCGGUGAUUGGAGAAAGAAUUGAAUAUUAGAAUGGGGAUUCUUUUUGAUCGUUAAGUAGCAAUGGUUCACAUCUUCACUGUUUGAAAGUUAAAGUUAUUAUGCAUCUAAAAUUGGUUAUUGAUUUCCAGAACUACAAUUUCAAUUUCAUUCAAAAUCCAACACAUUUACAUUUUACAUUGUAUUGAAAGCCGUUCAAAGUA